GGGCGCUUUAUUUUGGGGCCUUGCUGCGAUUGCGAAUCAAAGUGUUUUUGGAAGUUGGAUCGAUAAGAACCCCAAAACCCACCGCUUCAGUUCUUCAAGGAUCUCUCGCUUUGGUCUCUCUUGAGUCUUGGCUUUCUCUUCUCCUCCAACAUCAACAUGUUCAAGAAGUUUUCGUCUGAAGAGGUGUCUGCACAAAACCAAGUCAAGGCUUCUGUGCAGCGCAAAAUUCGGCAAAGUAUUGCAGAUGAGUACCCAGGACUUGAGCCAGUGUUGGAUGAUUUACUCCCCAAGAAGUCACCUCUGAUUGUUGUUAAAUGUCAAAACCAUCUCAAUCUUGUUGUGGUGAACAACGUUCCAUUGUUUUUUAACAUCCGAGAUGGGCCUUAUAUGCCUACCUUGCGGCUCCUUCAUCAAUAUCCAAAUAUAAUGAAGAAGUUACAAGUAGACAGGGGAGCAAUAAAAUUUGUCCUUGCUGGUGCAAACAUAAUGUGCCCUGGCCUUACAUCUCCGGGAGGUGUUCUGGAUGAUGAAGUGGAAGCUGAGACUCCAGUGGCUAUAAUGGCUGAAGGAAAACAACAUGCCCUUGCUAUUGGCUUUACAAAAAUUUCGGCAAAAGAUAUAAGGAAAAUUAACAAGGGAAUCGGAGUGGACAAUAUGCAUUAUCUCAACGACGGGCUUUGGAAGAUGGAGCAUCUCGAUUGAUGUUGUGACAAUCACAUGAGUAAUAUCACCCUUGUACAAGACAAAGGAAGAAACAAACUAUCUGCUUAUCUUUUGCAGUAGGGGAGUUUACAUGAAUAUUGCACCUAAUUUACGCUUCUCGCUUGUAGAGAAACCCUUUUUGUUUUAUCUUUAGAUCUUCUUCCAUAAAGUUUUGUUGAAUAUUUCAGUGUAUUUUCUUUUCUGGUGGCAUCCCUUAAUCGAUGGAUUGUCUGGUUGUCUGCCGUACUUAUUUAUAGACUGAUUGUUGUGUAGUAUUUGCAUUUGUUCUGAUAACAUAUAAAUUGCAUCUUGUGUACAAA